CGCCAUUUCUAUUCUCGAUUGACAGCCACUUUUUUCCGAGGUUGAGUUUCAAGGGUGUAAGACUGGGGAGAGGACAAUUGAUCAAGCUCUAAUAUCUCCUGUACUGAGGCUCAUCAAAAGGUUUUACUUAACACCACCAGACAAUAUGGAGACGCGGUCCCUCUUACAGCCGCUGCUGCGGUCCGUUACCACCACCACCACCACCACCAGCAACCCUCUCUUCUCGAGCAGCAGCAGCACCUGGUUUGCGGCGGCGGCGACCACUCCAGCAUCACGACGCCACCAAUCGUCCUCAGCCCGAACCAAGCGCGCCCUCAAGAUCCCACCCCACCCCUCCUUCCUCCAGAACCCCCUCGAGGCCGCGCGAGUGAUCUACAACCCACCCGCCUCCGCCCCCUCCGUCUACCACACGCCCUUCAAGUUCCUGCCGCCGAGCGACCCGCGGCGUAAAGCCAACCUCGCGCAGGUAAUCCGCGCCUCCGCCGCCGCGCCUACUACCCCUCUUCCCCCCCCUACCGCCAACCCGAACCUGGCGCCCGAGCUCAAGACGCCGCCGCAGUUCUACAACGUGACGCGGGAGCAGGUGGAGGAGAUGCGGCAGCUGCGGGCGGAGGACCCGGAGAAGUGGAGCGUGCACGAGCUCGCGCGGCGCUACUCGUGCGCCCCCAUCUUCGUCAUGAUGUGCUGCCGCGCCGACCGCGAACACCGCGACCGCGAGAAGGCCCGCCUCGACGCCGUCAAGGCCCGCUGGGGCCCCAUCCGCUCCCACGCCCGCGAGGAGCGCAAGAAGCGCAAGAUCCUCCUGCACCAGGACGCUUUAUAAGGAGGAUGCGCCCCAUGAUGUUGUGUGCGCUGUGGCCUUUUUUCUACAGCACCUAGCUACGAUCCGUCUCCCAUCACCUUUGUGACGACGACGGAUGGCGGCCUAUCGAAGAAGGAACUAGAUAUUAGGGUGUCUAGGCACCUUCUUGAUGGGUCGGAGUGUCCGGGGUGAAAGCUCACAAUCUUUUCUAUACGAUUCAAGGGGACCGAGUCUUUGGAACUAGAGAACGAGAGAAGGCGGGGGGGGAAGAGGUAGAGAGCGCUAGGUCACCAGGGUAGAUGAUCGACCAAAGGGACUCGAAUGGGGUUACUCGAACUCGACCGACACAUGAAAACUUUUUUUACACAAGGGAAAUGCAACGAGAUGAGGCCCCGGUGAUGAACUACCUACCAAAAUCCAUGUAUUUACAACAAGACCAAGACCUACCCAAGUUUAUAAUUGAAGAGCAAGUAAGGUUAUAUAUAUAUAUAACCAACACUG